CCAACUUUAAGAUGAAGUGUGCAUCAUUAUAGCCGGUAUCAUGGCCUCGAGUAUGUCAAGCGUCUCUUGCUGACUGUAACGGUGUUGGUCAAUCUCGAAAUCGAGCGUCUGUGAUGGGGUCGAAGGGGUGUUGUUUGUUGCCACUCCAGGCAAUGUGAGACGCGAACAUACCAAGAUGGAAUCCUUCAGAGAGUUUGUCGCCAAUCAGGUCCUGGUGAAAUCUGGCGAUGAAUACACGGAGACAAAUGAAGAUGCUUCCGUCAAUGGCACCGACGGCCAGGACAGCGAACGCAAACCGCCUUCGCAGGAUGUUGAGAUUGGCAAUAACGUUCCUCGCGCCCUGGGAGUCAACAAGUCCGACUCGGACGAGACGGAGAAGAUGGUCCCUCAGAAAUACCCCCAGCUGUCAAACAAUCCCCCGGAGUCACCGCCCCUGGCACCGGGACAGAGGGAGGUUGAGGAGGACGAGGACGAAUUUGAUUUGUCGAAGUCUUUCCACCGCACAGCGAGUCCUUCUCCGACAGCACUGCAACGCAAUAGGGGCGCGCUGGUCAGCAAAGUGGGAGAGGAAGGUGUCAGCAAAAUGCACAAAUUUACUCUCCACGAAACGGCCAACUAUUACUACAUUGUUGGGUCAGACCUGUUGGACUCGGCCUUCCGGAUAUUGAAGAUCGAUCGGACAUCAGAACCUGGCGAGCUCAAUAUUACAGAGGAUGAUAUUGUCUACACCAAAAAGGAGACCCAGCAGAUUCUCAAUGCCAUAGAUGAGGGCAAUCGAGCAACUGGCGGGCUGAAAAUCAAGACCAGCUUUUGGGGUCUGCUGGGUUUCAUCCGCUUCACGGCCCAGUAUUACAUGUUGUAUGUGACCAAAAGGAGUCAAGUAGCCAUGAUCGGGGGCCAUUACAUCUAUCAAAUUGACAAGACGGAGCUCAUGCCUUUGGUAACGGCAGCAUCCACAAGAACGAAGUCAGACCGACACCUCGAAGAGACACGCUUCAUUGGCAUCCUGAACAAUCUCGAUCUUACCAGGUCCUUUUAUUUCAGCUAUUCCUACGAUGUCACUCGAACGCUGCAGCACAAUAUCAUGCGAGAACGGCAAGCCCUCCAAGAAGGUCUGACGCAGCCUCACAAGCCGGACCACAAUGAUAUGUUUGUCUGGAACAACCACCUGUUGCGGCCCGCCAAAGAAGUACUCAAAAAUCCGUAUGACUGGUGUCUGUCAGUCGUUCAUGGCUACGUCGAUCAGAGUGCAGUGUCGGUAUAUUGGGGAAGGGUGGUCUACGUGACAAUCAUCGCCCGUCGAUCGCGAUUCUUCGCCGGUGCCAGAUUCCUGAAACGAGGUGCCAAUGACCUUGGAUAUGUGGCAAACGAUGUGGAAACUGAACAAAUCGUCUCAGAAAUGCUGACCACUUCAUUUCACGCCCCGGGCCCGGAGCUGUUUGCGAACAACAAAUACACUUCCUAUGUGCAGCAUCGUGGCAGCAUCCCGUUACAUUGGACUCAGGACAGUACAGGUGUCUCACCGAAACCUGAUAUCCAUCUUAACGUGGUGGACCCCUUCUUCAGCGCUGCUGCUCUUCACUUCGACAAUCUCUUCAAGCGGUACGGAACCCCCAUCUACGUGCUCAACCUCAUCAAGGCCCGCGAGCGCAUCCCAAGAGAGUCCAAGCUUCUGAAAGAGUAUACUCUCGCUGUCAACUACCUCAACCAAUUUUUACCCAAAGACAAGCAGAUUGUGUAUCAUGCCUGGGACAUGAGUCGAGCAUCGAAAAGUCGAGAUCAAGAUGUCAUUGGUAGCCUCGAGGCGAUAGCGGAAGAUAUCCUUCCCAGGACAGGGUUCUUUCGGAAUGGAAGUGACGAGGAAUCCGGCCUCCGGCUCCAGACAGGUGUCGCAAGAACCAACUGCAUCGACUGUCUCGACCGGACCAAUGCCGCACAAUUUGUCAUUGCAAAGAAGGCCUUUGGCUAUCAGCUCCAGGCACUAGGAGUGAUCGAGCACCCAUCGGUCGAGUACGACUCUGAUGCCGUGAACCUGUUCACCCACAUGUGGCACGACCACGGCGACACUAUAGCCGUACAGUAUGGUGGCUCACACCUGGUCAACACAAUGGCGACGUACCGCAAGAUCAAUCAGUGGACGAGCCAUUCGCGCGACAUGGUCGAGAGUUUCAAGCGCUACUACAACAACUCAUUCAUGGACGCGCAACGGCAAGAAGCGUACAACCUUUUUCUGGGAAACUAUGUCUUCUCCCAGGGCCAGCCCAUGCUUUGGGAUCUCACCACGGACUAUUACUUGCACCACUCCGACCCGCGCUCCAUGUUUGGCAAACGCAGACCGAGUUAUCGCCACUGGUACACGGACGAAUACCUCGAAUCCCCCCGGAUGCCGCCCUCGCUCUGGCCGCGUGAGCUGCGCGACCGACCGUUGGCGUAUUUUGACGACUACUGGGUCGAAUACUACCGCCCUUUGUCGAUCUCGUCCUUCCGGAAGCUCUUCUCCUUCAAAAUGCGCUCGAAUCUACAAUACAUCCCGAUCAGCUCCACGUCGGCCGGGAAAUACGACCUCAGCCCGUUUAGGGUGCGGACGGCGAAUGACAGCGACGGAGAAGGACAUGACAAAGGGCAGGGAACUCGGAAGGGCGUGAAGAUAGUUGCGCCGUCGGAUGAUGCAGCAUCCACGACCACCCUGUUCGGAGGAGAAUCGAUGCUGUCGUCCGCCGACGGACGCCUGAAUUCGGCCACUCCAUCAGCAAUUGAGCCGACUCCGAAACCCAGCACCUUGGGGCCUUGGCUCGACGCGCAGCAUCAACUUCACAACGCCCUGCGAGGCCGCCGAUACACGGGGAUCAUCAAGGAACCGUCCUUUGAAGUCCAGUCCACUUCGGUGCCCAAGAUCCCACGACUGCCGACUACCACUAAUAGCGACCUGACUAACAGCUCUCUGCUACUUGGCCCGCCCACAAAAGCCGAACUUGCUCUCCAAGCCUUCACGUCCCUGAUUGAGAACUCUCUCAAUCCGCAGGUGCGCCAGUUGGACGAGUAUCAGCGCUACGUCGCACACCCAUCAACCAUCCCAUUGGUGGUGUCCAGCCACAUUGACUACUCCUCGGCGCCGCUCGAAUUCCUCGAGUACCUGUCAAAGACGACCUCGGACCCUGCUGACCACAGGGUGCUCAGGCACUUCGAUGACGAGCGCGGUGCAGUGACUUUGACCAUGGAGGAGAGAGCCGAGGCCAGCAUUGAUGAGUACUUCGAGUUUGUGGCGAGUGGGCAGGUGGAGGAACCGCUGACCGUGAUGGAGGAGGACGGUGGGAAGAAGAGGUACAAGGCGUACAGGAAGUGGUUGAGGGGCAAGAGUCUGUUCAAGCAGAGGCCCGUGGUCGGCGAUGAGUUGGAAGGAAAUGCUGAUGGGCCGGUCGUCGGUUAAGCGGGCGUUUGUUCGAUCCUUUACUUGAUUGCCGUCGCCGGACGGGGAGUUGACAGCAAGGUCAGGUUUUGGGAUGGCUUUUCAUUUGUGUUGCUCUUUUCGUGAUACCCCAAUAGAUUGACAUUCUCUUGGAACGGGUUGAUGGCUCGAGUUUGUGUUUGUUCAUGCAAAAGGACACAGCAAUAAUUGAUUGACCGCAGAAGGCCA